UUUUGUUUAUAUUUAUUUAAUUUCAGAUCAUUUGCAGUUCCUCAAAGUGCAAGACGCGUUAUUUACUUUAAGUUUCAGAUAUAAAAAUAACAAAAAAAAAAAAAAAAAAAAAAACAAACAAAAUUUACGAAAUUUUGAAAAACGCGUCAAGUUGUAUGUUAUAAAGUAAUAUUUGCAAUUAUUGCAAUUGUUGGUAUUGAUAAAGGGAUUUUUGUAGAAAAAAAUCUGAAAUGCAACAUUUAUUGAGUUUAAUAUCAGUAAAUAAACAACAAGAACAUUCGUCAUCGUAUUACAAGAAAGGAAAAUUUAAUAUAUGUGAAAAUUCAUUAAGGAAAGUGUAUUUUGAUAAACUGAUUGAAAAGUUUGAUGAAGUGAAAAUUUAUAAAAAAUUGAAAAACGACUUAUGGACUGAUUACACAUAGUAAAGAUAUAUAAAAUAAAAGACCGUUUGUGUACAUCUGUAGCAUAAAAUCAAAUACAAAACUUUAGCAUAAAUUAACUAUGUUUGUUCCACCGUUAACGAUACCGAUAAUAUCAGCCGCUAUGAACGAAAGCGGUGCUUACGCGUCAAGUAAUGGUGACAUAUAUCGUCAAUCUUCGAGGCAAUUGACGUAUCAAGAAGCCAGAUUUGGUGCGUAUUUAGCAGCAAGCUCCUAUGUUCUAUUACAAACGCCAAACUAUUCGCAUUGCAAUUAUCAGAAUCAUCAUCAGCAUCGUCAGCAUAAGCCGCAAAUGAUUUUUUACAAUUCGAGUUAUCUUAAUCAAAUGAUGAUAAAUAAUCGUUCAACGCUGACGUCCGGUGGCGGCAAGUCUUCCCUAUCAGAACACUUGCAUGGCUUACAACAGAAAAUAUCGCGUUCGCAGAAACAACAACAACAACAACAACAACAACAAGAAAAGCAGCAAAAACAACAGCAACGACAACGAAAAUCUCAACUAGAAUUCGAUAAGAUUUUAAAAAAUCCGAACGAAACAAAUUCAUUAACGAAAUUCGUUAAAAAUGAAAAGCUUUCAAAUUCAAAUUUAUCACAAACUAUAACAAAUAGAAAGGAAGAGCCGGAUACAAUUGAGAGAAGGCCGAAUUGCCAAAAUGGUACUAUGCAACGUAAUAGCAGCAAAGCAAGUCAUCCUAUUACAACAAAACAACAUCAUAAAGAAAAUCACAAUAAUAACCUUAACAAUAAUCAGAAUAAUAAUAAUAAUCAGCAUCAACAUAAUUAUCAUCAACAGCAACAGCAGCGACAGCAGCAACCCCAACCAUUAACAGAACAAAAACAGCAACAAUUCCAAUCACUACCAAAGCAAGAACAACAACAACAGCAACAAUCGCCGCAAAUGCCGUUACCACAAACGCAUACACAACAACAACAACAACAACAACGAUUACAGCAGCCGCAAGUCCAAAAGAAUAAUUCUUCGGAUUCCGGCAUAUCAACAGCAGCGGCUCCAAUCAGUAACGGCCAAAAUGCAAAUAGUGUCAGUAAUAUUAAACGUAAAUCACGUAACUCGAGCAAACGUCAAGACAAUAACCCUAAAAGUAGUGGCAACAAUCGUAAUAAUAACAAUAAUAAUAAUAAUAAUAUUAAUCAUAAUCACAACAUUAACAAUAAUAUUAAUGCCGCCAUAACAGCAACAGGAGCAACAGUAACAGUCGCUCCAAUAGCAGCGACCACAUCAGGAAUCAAUGCAAACCAUAAUCAUCAAAGACAUAACACCACAGCAUUUGUAGUUAACGAUUGGCUACAAGAAGAAGUCGUUUAUUGUUACGGAUCCCGCUUAAUAGCUUCUAACGUCGAAGAAAAUAUCAUGCCCUCCUCCCAUCAUUACAAAAAUCGUAACAAUACGCCUACCGACUCUACUAGCUGUGUUUACCUCAAUUCCAGUUCAUCUAAUGAGGAUUUAAGUACUACUUACUCGGGAUGCAGUAAGAAUAGUAAAAAAUCUAGAAAAGCACGCAAAAAACGGCAACAAAAACGUAAAAAGCAGCAACAGCAACAACGGCAGCAUCAACAAAAUGAAAAUCAACACCAACAACAGCAACAACACCCUCCACAGCCUCAAUCACGGCAACAAAAUGUAAAUGUUUCGUCUGCCGAUGUAGAGGGAGAGAGUAAAGAAGGUCUAAAACCUAUUAAACAGUUUAAGACUAAUUGUUUAGUAACAACGACAACAACAACAGGAACAAAUUUGAGAAAACAAUGCACAAAGACCGCAGCUUUAAAGGCCGUUUUUAACGGCGCCAAGAGCAUUUUAAAUCAAAAGGAAACCCUCGUAAACGCUACCAAUCUGGCUCCAUCUACAUCUCAAAGUUCGGUAUGCAGCACAUUAUCGGCUGCUUCUUCCACAUCUUCAAUACCAUCUUCAGUUUCAUCUUCGGUAGUCAGUACACCACAACAUUCUGUCCAUAGUUCACCUACAGCUUCACCUACCGUCACUAAACGUAAUACAGAGAAUUUGAAAAAAGUAGCUCGCGCCUUAACACAGCAUACCUUGGCGCCGUCAAAACAAUUUCUUAAACUCAAUAUGAACGAGCAAGAAUUGAUACACGAAUUGCGUCGUUACAUUAUUGAUCCUUCGCUAUUGCGUGUUUACGGUUUCCCCGUCGAAAGUGUUCAUCACGAGGGUUGUAUAGAAAUAUACAAGUGCUUGCCAAAACAUAUGGCUGAAGAAGCCGUAACCAAAGACAAUCAACGACAUCACCGUCAUUUUUAUGGCCGUAAAAAGCCAAAUGUUAUUAAUGCCCAUGACGGUUUAGUUCAUACUAACACCCAACAGUGGAGUCUGAGCGCACCUGCCGAUUCGGGACGUGGUUCGGGCGAUUCGAGUCCGCGUUCCUCCGAUUCCGAGUCAAGCGAAAUAGCCGAAGAUGAUACAAUGGAACCAAUAAUGGCAUUUUAUACCCCCGAUGGAGUAUUUCAAAUUUUCUCCGAGUAUGUAAAUACCGUGGAAAAGCAAUGUGUACGUUGCCAAAAAAUGUUUCAAGUAACGGACAAGGGCGUGUACCUAACACAAGAUACAUGUACUUAUCAUUGGGGCAAACCGAGCCAUGUAUAUAACGGCAUAUCUUAUUUAAGUAUCUAUUCAUGCUGCCAGGGGGAAGAGAGUACCGAAGGUUGCUCUCAGCAUCCAUUACACGUGUGGAACGGAACUGUUGUGGGCAUUAACGGACCAUAUGAUAAUUAUUUACACACUAAACCUAAAGUUAAAAAUAGCAAUCAAUCGGCAAAAGUAUUCGCAAUGGAUUGCGAAAUGUCGUAUACCGGCUUAGGUUUAGAAGUAACUAAAGUUACCGUUGUCGGUUAUGAUGGGACACUUGUUUAUGAGCAUUUUGUGCAACCGCAAGCAGAAAUAGUUGAUUAUAACACUCGAUUUUCGGGCAUUACCGCAAAAGAUCUCAACCCUCAUUCAAAUAACGAAGUGAAAAGUUUUGCACAAGUUCAACAGGAUUUACUUGACUUAAUUGAUGCCGACACCAUAUUAAUAGGACAUGGUUUGGAUAAUGAUUUACGCGUGUUACGGAUAGUGCAUAAAACUAUUGUUGAUACAUCGCUGGUAUAUGGUCACUCGACCGGUUAUCCAUAUCGUAGAUCUCUAAAAAAUUUAACAAAAUCAUUUCUGAAACGAGACAUACAAUGUAGUGCCGAAGGUCAUAGUAGCUAUGAAGAUUCAAGAGCCUGCCUCGAAUUAAUGCUGUGGAAAGUGCGUAAAGAUCUCAGAAACUGGUCCAUUUUUCAAUGAGAUAAAUUUCACCAUCGCCAUCAUCAACAUCAUUAGCAACAUCAUCGACGGUUUUCGUCGACCUUGUGAAUAUACCCGCGUUUCUAUAUUUCAUGUUGUAUAUAUACUUUAACGUAAUAAUAUUUUUGUAACAAUUUUUGUAUGAAUGGAUCCAGUCUUUUUUUUUUUUUUG